CGUUUAAUGCUUUCGUCAUCGAAGUGGCAUGGGCAAAGAAGUCAGCAUCACGUUGUAACAUCAGUUUACCUUAAAAUGCUUUGUUUGGAUCAUGUUCUCUAAUUGCAUGCUGCUUAAUCUGUUGCGUUCGUACAUCCGGUGCUUAAAUGAGACAAGAGGUUCCGACAUGGCAGAAAGAGAGGCAGAGAUGGAGGAAGAUAUGCCUGCCAGGGAGGAUGACAAUGAUUCAGAAGGAGAAGAAGAUGACAGAGUGUUUGCAUGGAUGGUGAAUGAUGGUAUGGACGAGGAUGAGGACGAGGAUGAUGAAGAGGAGGUGGAGGAUGAACAGCCCUUGGACACAGAAGCAUCAGAGUCCUUUGAGUUGGAUUCCCCAGCUGAGCGCAGCGGUCACAUAGCAGUUAUAGACAGAAACAUCAUGUAUGUGUGGGGUGGAUACAAGAACGCCCAAAACCAUGGAUUCUUUGACUUGUACUUGCCAAGAAAUGAGAUCUGGAUGUACAACAUGGAAUCAGGAGUAUGGGCAAAGCGUGUAGCUGGAGGAAACCUGCACACAUCCAUGUCAGGCAGUUGUGGGGUGUGCGUUGAUGGAGUCCUCUACCUCUUUGGUGGUCAUCACGCCAGGGGAAACACAAACAGGAUCUACCGCCUGCCGCUCAGAGCUCCCAGCCUUGUUUGGGAGGAGAUGAGGGAUCUUAAAGGAUUGCCUCCAUCCUGCAAGGACAAGCUUGGGUGCUGGGUUCACAGAAAUAGACUUAUAUUCUUUGGAGGCUAUGGCUAUCCUGCACAGGGACCUCAUCGAGGGACUUUUGAAUUUGACGAAUCAUCCUCAGUUGUGUGGGACAGCCCUGGACGAGGCUGGAACAACCACAUCCAUAUCCUGGAUUUGGAAACAAUGACAUGGAGCCAGCCAGUAACCACGGGGAACACCCCGUCACCCAGAGCAGCUCAUGCCUGUGCCACAGUUGGGAACAGAGGCUAUGUGUUUGGGGGACGAUACAAGAACUAUAGACUAAAUGACCUGUACUACAUCGACCUGGACACAUGGGAGUGGCAUGAAAUGAGCGUUCCUCAGCAUGGUCCUGUGGGCCGCUCUUGGCACUCCUUCACCCCCGUGUCACCAGACCACAUCUUCUUAUUCGGAGGUUUCACCACAGAAAGAGAGACUCUAAGUGAUGCCUGGCUCUACUAUGUGAGCAAAAAUGAAUGGAAACCGUUCAACCACAGUCACACAGAGAGGCCAAGGUUGUGGCACACAGCGUGCUCUGGUCCUGAUGGGGAGGUGUUUGUGUUCGGAGGAUGUGCCAACAACCUAUUGUCUCAACAAAGAGCGGCUCACAGCAAUGAGCUUCUGGUGUUCAAUGUUCAGCCUAAAUCAUUAGUCAGGUUCUGCAUGGAGGCCGUUCUGCAGCACAGGGAGCGCCUGUCGAGUUACUGGGACUGCUUACCUAAACACCUCCUGCACAGCCUCAAACAGAGGAUGUCACACGUCAACACGCUGGGCUCCUAAACAUAAAUCUAACCCAGUGGAUUAUAAAUUAACGUGUCUGUGUGGACAAAAUGCCAUGCUCAAAGCAGGUAGUCCAUAUAAAGCAUUAGCUUAAUGUGUGUGGACACUUCUCUAAGCAAUAGAGAAUGGCAGUGAGGCUGGAAGAGAUGGAUCUUGACUGGCACAUUAUGGUUUGAAGCUGAUUUUUUGUUUUUGUUUUAUUAUCUUGUAGGUUGAGCUGCAAAUCCAAUAGAACCUUUCUAGUAGGGUAGCAGUUCAGGUCAUGCUAAGCAUGUAGGAGAGAAAAAUCCUUAACUAUUUCAGGGUUCUUUUCAGAAUUUAUAGUUUGAACUGUUGUUUUUUUGUUUUCUUAAGUAAUUCUCCAUUGGCUCACAGAGCACCCUUUAGUUCUAGCAACUUUUACACCAACUCAAAAACCAACCAUUUGUUUUUGUUAGUUUUUCUCCAAAAUUUGACCAACAUAAAUGUGUCUUAACACUAACUGCAGAGGUGCCAGGCUUUGCAGGUUUGCUUUAAUGGUGCAUAUUUUUAUUUAUGGAACCUGUCGCUUCAUGGUUUCCUGCAAAAAUCUGGAACAAUCUUGAGUACAGAUGCUAGAAAAGAGGGUUCUCACAGACCUAAAACUAGUGCUUUGUUUCAUAAGACUAUCUACUCUGAAGCCACAAAGAUGUUAAUUUUUAUUUUGUUUAUAUGGUAAAUUAUAUAUUUGUGGGGAAAUGUGACUUUUUUUUUCCUUAAAGAGGCUUUUAAAGAAAGUCUUGUCAUGAGUGGCUCCUGUAGCAUUUGAAUUUUUAUUUAAUGGGUAACUUACAAUGCGAGUGUGUUGGAUAUUGAGCCAUGUUGCACUGAAAUGCCUCAUGUAAGCAGGGCUGUGUUUGUAUUUGCCUGGUUUGCACAAUGUUCCCUUUGUGUUUUUUAUUGUAGAAUACAAUGUGUACUGCAACUUUGUACUCAAGGAAUAAACACAUACUACAAGUCA